UAAAAGCGCGACUCUUCCUCGGCGCUGUUGUCAGAGCGCUGCUGCUGGCAAAGACGUCGUGCUGUGGCGUUUUCGAGCGAUCUUCGAGAGUACCGACGAGUCCACUGAGAGUCUGCCGACGCUCCGCUGAUACUUUCUGAUAUCGACUGUGAUUUUUCUAUGCUCCAUUGUCUUGGUGGUGGUUCAGCAAUGUGGUUUGUCCCAGCUGCCCUGAGUCGAUCAGCGGCCAUGUUUAGGCGUGGUGUCAUGGCCCAGGAACGACUGAAAACCAUCGUUGGCCACCUCAAAGGUGGUGGCAUUAAUAACGUCAUUAGCAUGUUUGAGGACAAGAACAUCCUGGAAGAAGUCAACAAGAAGAUUGCUGCGGCACAGUCAAAAGGAGGCUUCCGCUUCACUCUCGACAGCUGUCGACUGUCGGAUGAGCAGCGACGUUUUUACGAGGACAAUGGCUUCAUCGUCAUCCGCAAUUUGGUUCCUUUGCGAGACCUUGAGGUCUACAAGAAGCGGUUCCAGGACAUUGCCGACGGCAAGGUUAAAGUGCCCGGCCUGGUGGUGAUGAAGGACAUCUCCAAGGUGGAUGCAGACCACAGUGAGCAUGUUGUCAACAAGUUGCAAGAGCUGUACAUGGACGAUGUGCUCUUCUCCUAUUGCACCUUGCCACAGAUCCUGGACUAUGCAAGCUCAUUCUGUGGGCCUAAUUUGACAGCAAUGCACACAAUGCUCAUCAACAAGCCACCGGACACAGGGGCCCUGACAUCGCGUCAUCCACUGCACCAGGACCUGUACUACUUCCCGUUUCGGCCUGCAGACCGUAUUGUGUGUGCAUGGACGGCCCUGGAGAAAGUGACUCGUGAGAACGGCUGUCUUGUCGCCAUCCCUGGAUCGCACCACGGAGAGUUGCUGGAGCAUGGCUACCCGGAGUGGGAGGGUGGCGUGAACAAGAUGUACCAUGGAGUCAAGGGGCUGGCAGACACAGUGUUUGACAAGCGGGUCCACCUGGAGAUGGAAGCUGGUGACACGGUGUUUUUCCAUCCCGUCCUCAUCCAUGGGUCAGGUGCUAACAGGACCAAGGGCUUCCGCAAGGCCAUCUCGUGUCACUAUGCGGCCUCCGAGUGCGAGUACAUUGACGUGGAAGGCUCUGUCCAGGACCCUAUUGCCGAAGAAGUGCUUGAGAUCUUCCGCAAACGCUUUCCAAACAUUGCCGUGAAAAACUAUGCGGAUGUGUGGAAGCUGAGAGCCCGCCAAGUUCGAGGCCUGGAGGGGAACCUUUAAGUGGUGCACAUACAUGUGCUUAUUAGAACCACUUGGUAAUGUUGCAUCGGCCCAGUCCAAUUCUAUUUCAAGACAUCCUUAUGGAAGGCCCGACGGCUUCUGAAGGGAUUGCUUCUUGUGGCAUUCUGAAUUACUAGACUCCGGUUAACACUACUCAUGAAUACGUUUGACCAACUACUAACCAAGUGCCAGAAGGCAUUUUGAUUGGGUGCUUGGAACCACGAGGUCAAGGUAUUGACAUCACAGGGGCAUCUCUUGAUGUAGGCGGGACUUCAUAACAUUCAGGUCGCACUUGAUAUGAGUGGACAAGCACGCUCCUUCAGACCAUCUACUUGUGUCACUGCUGUUUGCGAAUGAACAGUUUGGCAGCAUGGGGCCCAGUAUUGCCCAUCUGCGGUGUAUUGUGAAUCCUUCCUAUGUAGUACUACCACAUAAAAACCUGUUAUGGUUGCAAGGCAGACUGUGACAUUGCAACACUCUUGGCAGCCUUCAGAAUUGAACCAAGUAAGACAUUGAAAGUGCAGAUAGACAGCCAGAACAUUUCAUCAUCGGGAUGGUAUACACGAGCUUUCCAUCUGUUGGCUUCACUUGGGGCACGGCUUUCUUAUGGCAGAAAAGAAACCCAGUCAGUAGCUUUUGUUGAAAUAAUGAUCGGACACCUGAGAGGUUCCCCGCAGGGUGUACCUGAAUAAGAUUGCCCGCAAGAGCAUUGUGUAGUGACUAAGAAGCUGCACACGUAUAUAAUAGUGUCCUUUAAGAACUGGUUGUACCAGUAAACCUUGAGGCUGUAUUGCAGCUCAUUCAUUCCAUUCCUUGGCUUUGCUGUUAAGGACAUGUUUGGACCAUGGAAACAGUCUCGGACUGUGAUGAGCCAUCACUGACAUGUCUGCUAGUUUUACUUUUAUAGCUAGAGGUUCUGCAAUUUGCUGUGCAAUUGGCCAAAAUGUUUUCAUGGUAACAACUUGAACAGCACCUUAGUACCUGGGAAAUUAGCAUGCGAGCUUAUACACAGUGAUGGAAAAAUCUCUUAACAUAGAAUUUCGUUAGAGCCAAAGUUUCGACAAGUGGACUUGUCUUCGUUUCUGCCUUGAAGAAAUCCACUUGUCGAAACGUUGGCUCCAGCGACAUUCCUGUUUUUUUUCAUUUCUUGAAGCCUUUGUCUUCCUCUGAACUUGUGUCUUGUUUGUAUUUAUACACAGUGGGAAAGUUUUUUUUUUUUAUAAAUACUGUUCUUUGUUACUCAUAGCUCUGCGCUCUAGCAUAUGCAGGGUUAUAUAAAUAGCCCAGAGAAGUUCUUGCCAUUGGACAUGUGGAUUUAUGACAUUUGAAACUAUCUUGUAAUUUUCUUUAAAUAAAUGUGCAAACCCUCUAAGCCUUAAAACUCGGACGUACCCAGAGCACCACUAGAUAAUUUACUAUAAUGCUUGUUUCUACAAACUCAGGAACAGAUGUAUCACGAUGCCAUGUGACAUGCACUUGAUUUGUUACUGCGAUUUCAGUGACACCUGUUCAAAAUGUCCGAGUAUUUCUUAGCUUUGACAUGUGUGAAGUAGAGCUUAUACAACUUUGACAAAGAUACUUCUUUAAAGAAGCGUCGUUUUGAUAUGGCUUUACCAAUGACCUUGCUGUUUAUGCUACACCCCCCCUUUUUUGGACAACUUGGUACAGCUGAAGAACAACUAGAGCUUGCGAUGCUGUUUGCAGUGUUGGCAGUAACGCCUUACUUUUUUAGUAAUUUCGUAAUGUACUCAUUACCUUUUCGGAACUGUAAUGGUUAACGUUAACAUUUUUCUCUACUGUGUUAUUGUUAUUCACCUAUCUUCGUCUGUCACGCUAUACUUGCAUUGUUUCCUACCAUAAAAGACUAUAUGUUGUAGACUGAGAUUUUCAGUUCAUGAACACUUUCGUGCAAGGUGUAAAGUUGAGCCAAACUUGUUUUACACUAAGGGCCAAGAAUAUUUCAUGAUGACCUCCCAAAGUGCUUUUAUAUGAUAGCAUGUGCCUGUGCAAUAAGUAACCAUUUUUAAUUUGAACAAUAAAGCAAUUUGAUGUUUCUGAA